UGUUCAGUUUUAUCUAGGUAUGAAAACCAGAUCACUAUUUUGUCGGACUACUUAGAAGAAUUUCCAGAAACUGAUGAGCCAGUGUGGAUUCUAGGAAGGCAACACCACCUAAACACAGACAAAUCUAAGUUCCUGUUGGAUAUAAGUGCUCGCCUCUGGUUUACGUAUAGAAGAAAGUUUUCACCUAUUGGAGGCACUGGUCCUUCGUCUGAUGCUGGCUGGGGCUGUAUGCUGCGAUGCGGGCAGAUGAUGCUGGCACAAGCUCUGAUCUGCAGACACUUAGGAAGAGAUUGGCAAUGGGACAAACACAAAAAACAACCAGAAGAAUAUCAUAGAAUCUUACGGUGCUUUCUAGAUAGAAAGGAUUGCUGUUAUUCCAUCCACCAAAUGGCGCAGAUGGGAGUUGGAGAGGGGAAAUCGAUUGGAGAAUGGUUUGGACCAAAUACAGUUGCUCAAGUACUGAAGAAGCUUGCUUUAUUUGAUGAAUGGAAUUCAUUAGCAGUUUAUGUAUCUAUGGACAAUACAGUUGUCAUUGAAGACAUCAAGAAAAUGUGCUGGUCCCCUCCCCAGGGCAGCAGCGCAGCCCACAGCAGUGCACAUUUGCACAGAAGUGCUCUUGGCCGAAACAAGAACACAGCAGGAUUCUGCACAGGCUGGAAACCGCUCCUGCUUAUUAUACCUCUGCGGCUGGGGAUAAAUCACAUCAACCCAGUGUAUAUUGAUGCAUUUAAAGAAUGCUUUAAGAUGCCACAGUCCUUGGGAGCAUUAGGAGGGAAACCAAAUAAUGCCUAUUACUUCAUAGGAUUUUUAGGCAACGAGCUGAUCUAUUUGGACCCUCACACCACUCAGAGUUUUGUAGAUUCGGAAGAAAAUGGCACAGUUGAUGACCAGAGCUUCCACUGCCAGCAAGCCCCACACAGAAUGAAGAUCAUGAAUUUGGACCCUUCAGUAGCUUUAGGCUUCUUCUGCAAAGAAGAAUGUGAUUUUGAUAACUGGUGUAGUCUUGUACAAAAGGAGAUUCUAAAGCAACAGAGUCUACGGAUGUUUGAGCUGGUCCAGAAGCACCCACCACACUGGCCUCCUUUCAUACCUCCAACAAAGCCCGAAGUGACAACGACAGGAGCAGAACUCAUUGAAUCUACUGACAAGCUCUUUGAAGUGGAAGAAGAAUUUGAAAUCCUGAGUGUAUGAAGGAAACUGUGGUGACCCUUCUGCGUAUUGAACAUAUUGCUAAUAUUAUUGCAUUGACUUAAAUGAAACAGCCAUGUUAGCCCCAAAGUGCCUGAAAGUACAGAUGACAGAGCACAAAAACCUAGUAGCAUCCAAAACUCCAACGGUGACCGUUCCUGCUGUCAAAGAACUUCCCCAGAUGGAAAGGCAGUAACAGACCUUGCAGUGAGACCCUCAAAGGGAAACAUCUUUUUAAUGUGUGUCUUCCCUGAAGACAAAUGGACCUUUGAGAUCAAGGCGAAAAUAAGUGUAUCACUGGGUUCUAUGUUUGGAGAAAGGGAUAACCCCAAAUGGAUAUUUCUUGCUCUCAUAUAAUGCAAUAUUUUAGUUCUUAAAGCAAAACAGUCUUCAGUUAAGGAGGAUGUUUGCUUCUGUUCCCUCCUGUGGGCUGCAUCAUAGAAAAAAUACAUUGUCUUGUUUAAAAGAUCGACUGGAUCAGAAGAAAAUUGUUUCCUUGUUAAAUAUUUUAACAUGUAUUUGAGCAACCACAGUUUAUUACAAAAAUGUUUCUGUAAAAGGAACUAUGUCUAAUGUAUACGUUUUGCAAUAGCCUUCCUGUUUCUGGGAAACCUCAAGAGGAACAGGAGACUCUAAUAGUUGAUAUAGAUCACAACCACUGUUAUAGUUAUGAUAUAUGUCACCUUGACCUUAAAAUUCAGAUAUUAAAACUUAGGCUGACUUUUCUUUCGGAGCUAAAAUGAGUCAAAGGUGAUUUAACUGUACCUUAUUUAUUUAAAAAAAAGAUUUACACAAGUUUCUCUGUUACAGCACUUUAUCUGUGCAUCUAAUAAAUUUCUUAAGCUUUUCA